AUGCUUCAACAAGCACAAGCAGCUGCUUCUACCGUCCAGACUGAAACCGCAGGAUCAACGAGACAUGACGCUCCCUUGCAAACGACCGACCUCGUCACUCCAGAUGCGACCGAUGAAGAAGUUCCGCCUCCCCCAUAUGGCGACAUCUAUGGGGAGAUCCGGAACGAAAAAGAUGGCCUAGGCACCAGCGCCAGCGUCACCGAAGACGGCCGUGUCAACAUCCGCAUCAACCAGCUCAACCGACGUUUAUCCCAAGUCUUUACCCCAGCUUUGCGUGAGCACGUCCAAAGCGUUCAAGAUAGCAGCCCACCUCCUCCUGUAUACAUACCACCUUCAUUAGGAGGUAAAGAAGGAGUUCCACCCCCAGCUCUAAAUGUGGUUAUCCAGGUCGUCGGCUCGCGCGGAGACGUGCAACCCUUUGUUGCUCUCGGAAAAGUCUUGAAAGAGACCUAUGGCCAUCGUGUCCGUCUGGCAACUCAUCCUACUUUCAAGAAGUUUGUGCAAGAGAACGGCUUGGAGUUUUUCAGCAUUGGCGGCGACCCUUCUCAGCUGAUGGCUUUCAUGGUCAAGAAUCCUGGAUUGAUGCCAGGUUUCCGCAGUCUGGCCAGCGGGGAUGUCGGUCGCCGGAGAAGAGAUGUUGCGGAAUACAUUCAAGGCUGCUGGCGAUCGUGCUAUGAAACUGGUGAUGGGAUGCCCGACAACCACAGUUCAGAUCGCUCCGCAAACGGUGCUGAUUCUUUUCCAUUCGUCGCGGAUUGUAUCAUUGCCAACCCACCGAGUUUUGCGCAUAUUCAUUGCGCAGAGAAGCUGGGAAUACCCCUUCACAUCAUGUUCACCAUGCCAUACUCACCCACCCAGGCCUUCCCUCAUCCUUUGGCGAACAUCCAGUCUUCGAACGCCGAUACUCAACUCACCAACUACAUCAGUUACGCUAUGAUUGAAGCCCUCUCAUGGCAAGGCUUGGGCGACAUCAUCAACCGGUUUCGCGCUAAGUGCCUCGGCCUAGAGCCCGUGAGUAUGAUGUGGGCCCCAGGAAUGCUCCAGCGCCUCAAAGUUCCUCACACAUACUGCUGGUCUCCAGCUCUUAUUCCGAAACCAAAGGACUGGGGCUCUCACAUAUCCAUCUCUGGUUUCUACUUCUUGAAUCUGGCCUCUAAUUACACCCCUACGCCUGAGCUGCAAAAGUUCCUUGACGAUGGACCACCGCCGGUGUACAUUGGGUUUGGGAGUAUCGUUUUGGACGAUCCGAACGCCAUGACGGAACUCAUCUUCGAGGCCACGAAAAAGAUUGCAGGCGGAAGACGUGUACUGCUUUCCAAGGGCUGGGGAGGUAUGGGCGCAGACGAACUUCGCGUCCCGGAGAACGUCUUCAUGUUAGGGAAUGUGCCGCAUGACUGGCUUUUCAAGCACGUCGAAUGUGUAGUUCAUCAUGGCGGUGCAGGUACUACAGCGGCAGGCAUCGCAGCAGUCAUCCCGUUUUUCGGUGAUCAACCCUUCUGGGGCGCAAUGAUCGCACGAGCUGGUGCCGGUCCCGAACCAAUUCCCUACCGGCAACUCACAUCGGACAAAUUAGCAGAUGCUAUCAACUUCUGCUUAAAGCCCGAAAGUCUCGAACGUGCCAAGGAUCUUGCAAGCAAGAUCGCUGCGGAGCGCGGCAGCGAUAUGGGCGCUCAGUCAUUCCAUCAGUAUAUCGAUCCCGACCGACUCCGUUGCAAUCUUGCACCGUCUCGAGUAGCUGUAUGGCGCAUCAAGCGCACUCAAAUCAGACUGAGCGCUUUUGCCGCCUGCACGUUGGCGAAUGCCGGUCUUUUGGACUUUCAUGACCUCAAACUCUUCAGGGCGCAAGAAUAUGAGACUGAUGAGGGUCCCCUAGAGCCUAUCUCUGGAUUCGGUAUGGGGAUACUGAGAACGUUGGGCAGCAUGAGUAUGGGAAUAGCUGAAAUGCCUUCAGAAACGGCGAAGGCUGUACAGGCUCCCUUUGGACCUAGUAGACAGCAGUCUGACACUUCAGUACGGAACGCAGCAAAGAGGAGCGAGUCGUCGCUAGUAGGAGAGAGCUCCGCUUCAUCAGGCUCACCCCAACACUCCCAUCCCAGUGCAAUGGAGCGGAAACCGCUUGCCCGCUCUCAGACCACCCCCAAUCUCCCCACUCCGGCAUCUCGGACUCCCAGCGUAGCAUCCAGCUCGAGCAAAGACAACGACAUGCUACGCCCCACUGGCCUACGCACAAGCAGAGGCUUCGGCCGCAUCGUAAAAGCCGGUGUCCAAUCCCCCAUGGAACUCUCCGUCGGCAUAACAAAAGGCUUCCACAACGCGCCCAAGCUCUGGAACGACACCACCGUGCGCCCCCAAGAGAAAGUCUCCGACCUAAAAUCCGGCAUGGUAGCUAUAGGUCGCGAAUUCGGUUUCGGCUGGUACGACGGCGUCACCGGCCUCUUUACACAGCCCUGGAAGGGUGCUCAGAAAGAAGGCGCUAGUGGGUUCUUCAAGGGAAUAGGUAAAGGUAUUGGGGGUUUCAUAGCUAAGCCCGGGGCGGCGCUGUUCGGGAUACCGAGUCAUAUGAUGAAGGGAGUGCAUAAGGAGGUGCAGAAGAGGUUUGGGAGUAGUGUGCAGACGUAUAUUGUUACGAGUAGGACGGCGCAGGGGUAUCAGGAGUGGGUGCUGAGUGGAGAGGAGGAGAGGGAGGAUGUUGUUGAGAGGUGGGGGUUGAUUCAGAAGUAUUUGAAGAGGAAAGAUGGGCUUGGGGAGAUGAUGAAGGAUGUGUUGGAUGCGCAGCGGAAGGGGAAGGUGGGUGAUGAGUCUACUGCGGAUUCAGUCCGGUCUGCGGAUGCUUCUAUCCAAGAUCUUGAAAGUGCCACACUCACAUCGGAGUACAAUUCGUAUACUAUGGAUACCGAGCCCGAAGUACCGCUCGGAGCGGCGGAGACUGGCGGGUCCAUCGAUCAGCCAGUACAAAACGAACUACGCGCAGACGCUGAAGCGGACUCCAGUGGGGAACUACUCCAGGCGAUGGCUUCCAGCGAAGUCGAAGCGCAGCAACACUUAAGAGAAGCCCUGGAAUACGAAAAGCAGCUGAAGCAAGCCAUGGCGCAAAGUCGCCAGGAACAGUGUCAGAUGAACGAAGACAAUGAAUGGGAAGAUCUCGAUAGGGAGCGAGCAGGAACAUCGGAGCAAAUGGCAGCCUCCAUGAGCAACGGGUUACUAGGCGCCCAAAGGCCGCCCUCGUAUGACCCCGGUCAUCUUGGAGGCACUACGCAAGAUGUAUUCCAGGCGCAGCACCGAGGAGAAAAGACGAUGGAGGAAAAGACGGAGGAGGAAAUUGUGAUGGAGUAUGUCAAGAAGCAAAGUCUUCUGGAGGAGCAUCAUCAGAGUAAAGGCAAAGGGCGGGCUUCGGCUGGGGUGGAUGAGGACGAGGAAGAGCUACAGAAGGCGUUAACCUUGAGUAUGCAGGGGCAUGAGUGA